UCGUGAUGGGGUACGACGGCCGGAUGUUCGUCUUCGACUCCGUGCAGCCGCACAAGGUGGAGACCAUCCUGUCGCUGCUGGACGGACAGGAACUGGUUCCACUCCCAGCUCAAAGCACCAAGCCGCAGCUCACCUACCUGGUGCAGCCGGUGGUGGUGCCCAGGGACUUCGACCGGCCGGCGGCGCUGUCGCGGUACAGGGCAAAGAGGCAACGGAAGGGCCUGGAGCCCGUCGUGAAGGCGGACUACAGCUGCCGCAGGGACGUCGCCCUGAGGAUGAGACGCAGGGGAGGGAGGUUCGUCGCACUCUCGGCCAAGAGAACCGGCGAUUCUCCCAACGAGCUAACCCUGUGCACCAACUGCGGGGAACGCAGCGAUGCAACGCCCAAGAUGCGCCGCGGCCCGGACGGGUCCAGAACCUUCUGCAACGCCUGCGGGCUCAUGUGGGACAAAACCGGGAGACUACGGGAGACGGCGGGAAACCAGUCCUGUGGAGGAGGUCGAUGGUGCCGCCGCAGCGAAAGCAUGUAAAGUGGCUAUCUGAGAAUGUCCAUACCAACGGACACAAGUAUCAUUCACCCAUGAUUU